CAUUUUCAAAUGUCAGUUAAGAAGGUACGACAACACGUGAAUUUAUUUUAAAAUUUUAUUAUAAAACCAUUUUAAACACAAGUGGUUGAUGGCCGAUGAAUCGGUAUUUGAUAAGAAGAAGGCGCACCGAGCGAAACAUGCCGGCAGAAAAGCGGAGAAAAAGAAAAAGAAAAAUCAAAUUGAUCAAUCUAACCUAAGCGCGCGGCAACGAAACCCUAAAGCUUUUGCUAUACAAUCAGCUGUCCGGGCGGAAAGGCAGUUUCGGAGACGAGAAGAUGUUAUCGCCAAGAAGCAGCACAUCCCACUAGUGGACAAAACACCGUUGGAACCUCCUCCAAUCGUCGUGGCAGUGGUCGGCCCACCGCGAGUGGGGAAGACGACUUUAAUAAAUAACUUGAUAAAAAGCUUCAUCAAAACGAACGUGACGAGUACUAAUGGGCCCAUAACAAUCGUUACAUCAAAGAAACGACGUAUCACUCUAAUAGAAUGUAAUAAUGACAUAAAUUCCAUGAUAGACAUUGCAAAGUGUGCAGACCUCGUUCUGCUACUCUGCGAUGCUAGCUUCGGUUUUGAAAUGGAGAUAUUCGAGUUUUUGAACAUCUGUCAAGUGCACGGUAUGCCUAAAAUUAUGGGGGUCCUUACACAUUUAGAUAUGAUAAAAAAUGCAAAAAAAUUAAAGAUGACAAAGAAAACUUUAAAGCAUCGAUUUUGGACCGAGGUAUACUCUGGGGCUAAACUUUUUUACCUCUCAGGUAUUUUACAUGGGGAGUAUUUGAGGAAUGAAAUCAAAAAUUUGUCCAGAUUUAUAUCUGUGAUGAAGUUCAGGCCGUUGAGCUGGCGGAUGACCCACGCUUACAUGCUAGCAGAUAGAUUGGAAGAUAUAACCAAUCAGGAGAACAUAAGAAAGGAUCCUAAAGUGAGCAGAGACGUUGUGCUGUAUGGAUAUGUUAGAGGUGUGCCGCUGAUGAAAGAUUCUGUGGUUCAUAUUGCAGGUGUUGGAGACAUGAAAAUAAGUGAGCUUUCAAAUCUCCCUGACCCAUGCCCACUGCCUAGCACUGAGAAAAAACGACAUCUGAUGGAGAGAGAAAGGCAGAUUUAUGCACCUUUCUCAGGUGUUGGAGGCAUUGUUUAUGACAAAGAUGCAGUUUACAUUGAGCUGAAAGGGUCUCACUCUCACAAAGUGGAAGAUGAGGAAACCAAUGAGAAAAAAGCAUUGCUUAAAAAUGUAGUAGAGACCAAGGAAACACUGGAUGAACAAAUGCAAGAAACUGGCUUCAAACUCUUCAGUGGAGGAGCUGUAAUUUACCCAGAUAUGUUGAAGAAUGAUGAGUAUUUACAACAUGGAAGUAAUAAAGAAGGAAAGAUUGAUAGUUCCGAUGAAUCCAGUUCAGGAGAUGAAAGUGAUUCAGACAGUGAUAGUGGUAUUGAUCAGAGCGAAAAAGAUACAGAUGCUAAAUUACCUUGGAAUAAUGAUUUUGAUUCAGAACAAGAUGAUAAUAAUGAUCAAAUGAAUACAGAAAUAAAACUUACUGCAUCCAAGACAGAUGAUGAUCAUAGUUCUGAAGAAGAACAGGAAGAUUUUAGCAUAAAAUGGAAAGAAAAGUUAACUGAAAAAGCAACCAUGGCAUACUUUGAAAGGCAGAAAACAUCCAAAAAUAUUAUGAAACUUGUUUAUGGUGAAUUUGAAAUAGGAAACAAAAGGAAGGAGCAAGAAGAAAGUGCAGGCGAAAGUGGUGAAGAAGAGAUUGGUGGACUCUUCAAAAAAGUUACAAGUACUCAAAAGAAAAAGCACAGGGAAAAAGAGCAAUUAGAUCUUGACGAAUGUUCCUUUUUCUAUUCAUUAGAUAAACCUAAGUUGAGAGACUGGCUCAGUGAUGCAAAUAAGCAACUAAUUAUAAAUAGUUUCGUUACUGGAAAAAGAUCGGCCGAUGAAGAUGCUGCGGAGCUCUUAAAGUUAGAUGAUGCGAGUGAUGGCGACGAUGAAAUGUAUGGUGACUUUGAAGACUUAGAAACAGGAGAGAAGCAUGCUGGUGAAGAAAAGUCAGAAGAGCCUCAAGAAGAAGUAGGUUCCAAGAGAAAAGCUGAACCAACCAAAUCAGAUAUUCUCAACAAAAAGUUAAAAUUAAAGGCAAAAUUUGAUUCAGAAUAUGACAAUCCAGAUGAUCAUAGAAUUAAAGGCGACCAUUCUCACUACGAAAAUCUGAAAGCUGAAGCUUUGAAACAGUCUGAAUUAAACAAAUCUGUUUUUGAAAACCUGGAUAGUGGUUUAAGGAUUGAAGUGGAAGGAUUUAGACCAGGGCUGUAUGUCAGAAUGCUAUUUAAAAAUAUGCCUUCAGAAUUUGUUACAAAUUUUGAUUCCAGCUAUCCUUUACUGAUUGGAGCUCUAAAUAUGGCAGAGCAAAAUAUUGGUUUUGUUUCAUGUAAAGUUAAAAAGCAUAGAUGGUAUAAAAAGAUAUUGAAAACUAACGACCCAUUGAUAAUUUCGCUAGGAUGGCGUAGAUUCCAAACGUUACCUAUCUAUUCUAAAAUAGAAGAUGAUCUUAAAUGCAGGUACUUAAAAUACACACCUGAACAUGUUACAUGUAACAUGCAUUUCUAUGGUCCAAUAACACCUCAAAACACCGGCUUUCUAGCAUUGCAGACUGUUAAUAAUAAAUCGAAUGAAAUAAGACAACUAGGUUUUAGGAUAGCAGCAACAGGCAGCGUUAAUGAAAUCAAUAAAUCAACACAAAUAAUGAAGAAAUUAAAAUUAGUUGGUACUCCAUUGAAGAUUUAUAAGAAAACUGCAUUCAUUAAGGACAUGUUUACAAGUACUUUGGAGGUAGCAAAAUUUGAAGGCGCUAGAGUAAAAACCGUUUCUGGUAUAAGAGGUCAGAUUAAAAAAGCCUUGAAUAAACCUGAAGGGGCAUUCCGAGCUACUUUUGAAGACAAAAUUCUAAUGAGUGAUAUAGUUUUUUGUAGAACUUGGUUCAAAGUAGAUGUCACUAAAUUUUAUGCUCCAGUAGUUAACCUACUACUUCCGAUAGGUAAUAAGAAUGCUUGGGAGGGAAUGAAGACCAAAGGCCAAUUGAAAAGGGAAAGGAACAUUAAGAGUGACGCUAAUACAGACUCAAUGUACACAGAUAUUGUGAGACAACCUAAAGUGUUCAAACCUUUAGUGAUCCCGAAAGAAUUACAAAAAGGUUUGCCUUACAAAUUGAAACCUAAAGUAAAAACCACGACCUUAACUCACAAGAAAACAAAAGCUACAAUAUUACCAAAUAAAGUAGCAGUAGUUAAGAGCCCACAUGAGCAAAAGGUAUCCAAUGUUAUGAAAAUGUUGAAAACUAACUUUGAAAAGAAGAAAGAGGUUCAGAAAGAAAUGACGUCAGAGAGAAUCAAAAAGCAUAAAAAACAGCAGGAGGCCGAAGAGUGGGCGAAAAUUAAGAGACAAAAGGAGUUGAAGAAGAAGAUUUGUAGACAUUUAAGUAAAAUGUCAAAUAGGAAACAAAAGCAAAUGUAAAAUUUACUUAUUACUGUUAAUAUAAUUUUUUAAAUCA